GGUCAGCUGUGGUACAUACGGAGUCAACACAGUAACAAAGCCAUAAGCAAUGGCAACAGGAUAUCUCAUUGUUAUUCAAAAUGUGGGCAUAAGUCUACGGUUCGUUCGUUAUACGUUCGCCAUUGAAGAGGUAUUCACAAUUUUUCGGAGAAAUGUAGUACAUAUCGACAAUGAAAUGAAUUUUCAGUGAGCAAAAUACAAGAAGUAAUCAGAGCAUAUAUAUGUGUUAGUUCAAGAUACUUUUUUCACAAUACCUUAUGGGCCUAUAGAAUGUUCCUGCCGGGGUUCCUGCUUACUGUAUAUGGUUAGAAGCGGUUGGCGCAUCGGCUGUGGCUUUGACUCCCAAAAUCGAGGUCGGGGUUCGAAACUCUCAGUGUGCAAAUCGCCUGUGUCCUCUCUCCACCCAGGAGUAUAAGUGGGUGCCUGAACUGUCGUUUUAUAAAUCAACUGAUUAGCAAACUGUAAGCUAAAGAAAGAUGGAUUACUGUCAUGAGCUUUCCGAUGAAGUGUUUAGACAGCUGUUGAUGGACGUUUCCAAGUGGCUUGAUGAUCGUAAAUGCAUCAGCAUGAUGAAAGUUUUAUACAGGGACCAUUUGAAAAAUACUACAAAAUUAUUUAGUGCUUCUGAGAUGAUAGAUUUAUUAAAUAUGUUGCGUGAUUCUGAUAAUUUGGCUCCAAAUGAUCUAAAAAUCCUGUACGAUACUAUAAAGGUAACUCAUUUCUUUGCUUUACAAAGAGUAAUUAAAGAUAAAGUACCAUCGUGCCCAAAUAUUAAGGAAAUUAGAAUUUCAACAUUCACAACUCACCGACAAAAACUGAUCAAUUUGGGAUUGAAAAUGUCCGAAGAACAGGUAGAAGUUGUCAAUGGACUGUAUAAUGAUACAAAAAAGAACUAUGCAGAUAACUGGGGCUUGAUUUCUGACCUGGAACAGAGGAAUAUCAUUUCUGAAGAUAAGAUGGAGACAUUUAUGGAAAAGUUAAAACAAAAUACAUACCUCCAAAAUCUAUAUGCAGAACUGAAUACUAUUCCAGUUGAACCUAAACUGAAAAGAUUACAUCCGCCACACACUCAAGAACUUGAAAAUAUUCAACCAGAAAAUAAACGAAAAAAAAUAGAUCUGUCACACUCCCAAGAUAACACAGCUCAAAAUGAAGCUGCAACCUUAGAUUCAGACACAGAAAUGAAGACGCAUGACGUUUGCGAAAAAGACGAUGAUGAUAACACAGCUCAAAAUGAAGCUGCAACCUUAGAUUCAGACGCAGAAAUGAAAAAGCAUGACGUUUGCGAAAAAGACGAUGAUGGUAAGGAUAACACAGCUCAAAAUGAAGCUGCAACCUUAGAUUCAGACGCAAAAAUGAAAAAGCAUGACGUUUGCGAAAAAGACGAUGAUGGUAAGGAUAACACAAUUCAAAAUGAAGCUGCAACUUUCGAUUCAGACGCAGAAAUGAAGACGUAUGUUUGCGAAAAAGACGACGAUGGUAAAGAAAAGGUAAUAAAAGAGGAAUCAAAGAAGCUAGAGUUGAGACAGUAUCAGAGAGAGUUAGCAAAACCUGUAAUUGCUGGCGAUAACACAAUCAUCAUAUCACACACCGGGUCUGGAAAAACUAUUGUAGCUGUCCAUUUCGUCAAUGAACAUUUCAAAAAGGGACAAGACUUGUCUAAGAGUAACCUGGAGGCGGGGGUGCCUUUUGAGAACAAGACCAAAAAGGUUCUCUUUAUUGUAAACACGACACAUUUGGCACAACAACAGUACGAAGUAUUCAGUAGUUACCUGUACAAUUCACUGAGGCUCAGUGUAUACAGUGAUAGGUCUGCAGCAUCAGCUCUAGCAUCAUUGAAAAGUGUGACAGAUAACAGUGAUAUCGUCUUCUUAACCGCACAGUUGGUAGUGAAUGCACUUGAAAAAGACGACGUCACCAUUGAUGAUUUCACAAUGCUCGUGUUCGAUGAGUGCCAUCAUUGCCAUGGACUCGAUCCUUACAACAACAUAAUGUCAAAGUAUCGGCAACAAAAAAUUGAAAACAAGACAGGAACGUUACCACAGAUCGUGGGGUUAACAGCGAGCAUAGGGACAGGAAAAGCCGAUCGUCAAGAAAAAUCAGACGAACAUGCAAGACAGGUUUUUGCAAAUCUUGAUGUUAAAGCCGUUUCCAUUCCAAAUGAAAAUGACAAGGAAUAUCAGGAGUUUGUUAAUCCACCCGAAGAAAUUGAUCCGAUAUUGGUCAAACCACGUUCAGAUGACAAUGACCCAUUUAAAUCUGAAGUAAAUAAAAUAAUGUUCGACAUUGAAAAGAUGUUGAAACAGAGAUUGGAAAAACAAGAUAAUAAGUCUCAAGCAUAUCAAGAUUUGCUGAAGUUAACAGCUUGUGACAAAGGAACUAAUGCUUAUGAACAAGAAGUUGAAAAAUUUACAUCUAACUCGCCACAGUUCAUCACAGAUCACAUUCUCUUACGUUUGUUGAGAACAGGGGGAGAAUAUUUAAGGAAAUAUAACGACGCCCUGCAGAUAAACAAAAUAUGCAGAAUUCAGGACGCCCUUCGAUUCAUCCAAGAACACAUCAACAAGGAAAUCAACACUCGCUCAAACGAAUUUAACAAUGACGAUGAUAGUCUUAUACAGUUUUUCCAAAAUAGAGAAAAGUGGCUGGAAAAUGUGAGUAAACGCCAGGAAUAUGAGAAUCCACUAUUGACAAAACUAGAAGAAAUUCUGAUUCAGGAAUUUAAAUUAAAAGCUGAUUCACACGCCAUUAUUUUCUGCACAAAACGCUUCACUGUUGAUGCUAUGUGUAGUUGGAUAAGAGACAACCAACAAUUGUCAUUUCUUAGACCAGAAAUGAUUUUUGGAUCAGGUGAAAUGACUUCUUCUGAGCAACAAGCGGUUCUUCACAAUUUUAAGAGUGACACUUGCAACAUACUUGUUGGAACAAGUGUUGUAGAAGAGGGUACAGAUGUAUCAGCAUGCAACUUGGUUUUUCGCUACAAUUACAUGAGUAGCGAGGUUGGUCGUAAGCAAGCCAAAGGGAGGGUUCGCCAAAAGAACAGCAAAUUCUACUUUGUCGCUUCAACUGAGUUUGACUUUGAUAAACGUGAUUACGCAAACAGAAUUCGUGAUAUGUACAUGUUCAAGAGUGUUCGCAUGCUGGCAAAAAUACCAAAGGAACAAUUAAAAAAAGAUUUGUUGGAAUUACAGAAGUUUGAUGUCAAACAACGAAUGGAAAUAGAAAAAUCUGAAAAAGAAAGACAAGACAGUAGGACGACAUCUGUCUACAGAUUGCUUUGCGGAAAAUGUUCCGAGCUAGCGUGUUUAUCAUCUGACGUUAAAGUAUUUAGCAACUCGAAUCAUCUUAUCAUUAACAAGGAAUUUUACCAAUCUAAAAUUCGUAAAGAAAAACAUCCAAAACCAAAAUCUAUAGGCGACGAUACUUACAAGGAUGGGAAAAUCUUUUGCAGAAAGUGUGGUAGUGAUUGGGGCAUUAUGGUUACCAUUAAGAAAAUGAGCUUUGCAGUAAUUAAAAUUGUAAGCUUUGUCUUAGAGAACACAGAUGGAAAGCGAAAAGUUUGUAGAAAGUGGAAAGAGGCCCCGUUUAAAGUCGAGCCAUUUAAUAUGGUAGAUGACUGGAGUAUAACAUAAUACAAUUGUUACCCAGUCAGCAGCAUGCUGUUUUCUAGCAGUAUUUUCUUUCUUUCUUACCCAGUCAGCAGCAGCUGACUGGGUUCUGUUUCCUAGCAGUUUCUUCUUUCUUUCUUUCUUUCUUUCUU